GUUUAUUGAACAAAGGGAUAGAAAUUCUCCAAGAUAGUGGCCUUGUAUUUAUGUCAACAUCUUAACUAUCAACUCGAAGUUCACACCUCUUUACUUCACACCUCUGACAUCUUUCACCAUGUCUACCAACACCACAAUACCCCUGGUGUCCCUAUCGUCUACCUCUCUCUCAUUUGUAGAAACUCCCUCUAAAACCGCCAUGCUCCUCAUCAUUUCAACAUAUCUCCUCAUAGUCCACUUCCUUCGCUUUUCGAGACAAGACUACAUGAUCAAAAAAUUCGGAUACAAAACCCGAGAAUCAUUAAAAAAUAUGACGAAUACGGAUGCGCAAGCAAUAAUCGGUCACAUAGGCGAAUUGGAAUUCCCCCAUUUCUACAUUACCAGUCUUCAAUUCGCUCUCUUCAAAACUUACGGUGUCCCUACAAUCUCCAAACUCCUCGUCGAUACAAAACAAUUUAGUUCCAAGGAAACAGCGAGUAAACGCUACGCGGAUACAACUGUAUUAAUUGGAGAAUUCUCUUCUCAUCAUCCUCUUCAUCCGAGAGUUUUGAAAGCGAUUUCAAGAAUGAACUAUUUGCAUUCGGGAUAUCAGAAAGCGGGGAAGAUUUCAAAUGAUGAUUUGCUUUAUACAUUGAGUGUUUUUAUUACGGAACCAAUUAGCUGGAUUAGGGAGUGGGAGUGGAGAAAACUGAAUGAGAUGGAGAUUUGUGCAAUUGCUACGUUCUGGAAGGGGAUUGGUGAUGCGAUGGGUAUUUCUUAUCAUGAUCUUCAUCGUUUCAAUGAAUGGAGAGACGGAAUUGAAUUUUUCGAGAAUAUCAAGAAGUGGGCAGAAGAUUAUGAGAAGAGAUUCAUGGUUCCGAAUGAGUAUAACAAGAAAACUGCGGAUGAAUUGGUUCCACUUCUUUUGUUCCUGGUUCCAAAUGCACUACUACCCUUUGCGAGGGAUGCAGUUGGCGUUCUUAUGGGCCCUCUUCUUCGCUCCGCAAUGAUUUAUCCGGAACCCUCACGCCUCAAUAAACUACUUACUAUUUCUAUACUACGUACUCGUCAAUUAGUUCUCCGCUACCUAUCACUCCCAAGACCAGAAUGGAUGAGAGUUAGACAAAUUUCGAACUCGGAUGAUAAAGGGGUAGACGGGAGGUAUCAUAGUACGAGUUAUCUCGUGCAUCCGUACUAUCAACUCCCGGGUUUUUGGAAUCGGUGGGGGCCGAUGGCUUUAGUUACGAGGGUUAUGGGAGGAUUUGUACCGGACGAGACGAGGGGGGAUUGGUUGACGGAGGGGUAUAAAUUUGAGGAUGUGGGGCCGGACAGAAGAAGAGGAGAGGGUGGGAAAGAGAUGAGGGAUACGGAAGAGAAAUUGGAGAAAGAGAGAACUCCAGGAUGCCCUUUUGCUUUUGGGCGAUAAUUAUAACGGAGUGUGGGUAUUGCGAGGGUGUGUUUUGUGAGAUCUGGAUAUAAAGCCAUAAGGAGAGGAUUGAUGAUCUCGCUGGACACUGUUUACGAUAUAUGCGAUAGGGAAUAGGAAGCAUUUAGAUACA